AUGUCCGCCUACGUGUCGUCGACCCGCGUGGAGGAGCGCAUCGCGAAGCGCGCGAGCCUGAACGCCGGGAGCUGCGACGUGCCCGUUGUGGUGGAGAGCGCGCAGGGCGGCAAGGCGCACUUCAGCGUGCUGCCGCGCGACGCGACGGUUGCGCAGCUGACGAGCGCGGUGCGCCGCCUCGACGGCGUCGACGCGAGGAAGGCGGUGUCGCUUGCGGUGGCGCAGUGCGCCGUUGCGCCGACGACGACGCUUGGCGAGCUGCACGACGCGUGCAAGCAGGCGGACGACGGCAUGCUGUACGUCACCUACACCGCCGAGGCCGCCAUGGGUGCCACCGUGAACGUGUGCGGCAUGACUGCUGCCUGGUAGUGCGCCGUGGACAGUUGACGGCUGUGGAGCGCCCGUCGCAACCUAAAGCAACGCGUGCAAAGCCAUCCCCUCCCGUCUCCUCGUGAGCGGCUCUCUGCGCCACCGUCAUGUGUAUUUCUUGUUUGCCGGAUUGCCGAUUUCCCUUAAUGUGACGUGGUGGGGGGUGCUGCUCGUACCCACCCGCAGGCGUGUACGUAGCUGCGUUCUGAACAGAAGUGUGCACACAUCUCAGCGUGCGGCCAAGCGGUGCAGCGAGGGCGUGGACAGCGGCGAGUGCGCGCAGCACGUCGUCGUAGGUGCUUGUGCACUCGCUGCCGCUGCUGCGGCCUGCCGCCACUCGCUUUGCCUUUUCUCUUGCUAUUCCUUUUUUUUUGUUGUUUUCGAAUCUCAUUCGUCCUACUCUCUCUCUCCGCUUCGUCCGACUCUUCCCGCUUCUGCUUUUGAUGGAGCCGAGCCUCCCCUUUGGUGCCCCCGGUGCGGAGCCGUGCGGUCGGUGUGUGUCACGGCGGUCGCACGCGGAGAGCGGAGCAGACGUUGCAGGAACCGUGUUUUCUCGUUUUUCUUUUCUCGCUGUGCACAUGUCUUUUUGCUUUACU